CUGAAAAGUAAGAUUGUUUGUUCGGCUUUUGGUGUCAGUCGCUUAGUGAUUUUUUUGUGUUUAAUUAUAGAAAUAAUCAGUGAUACCGCUGCAUAAGUGAAUAGAAGAUGGUGUAAUAAUUAUGUGAUGUAUUUGUAGUAACGGUCGCGUGUUGUGUAUAAAAAAAGCAGUUUCUUCCGCCAUGACAAUGGUCCGUGCGCUCAGGAAGUAUCCCGCGGCACUUGCCAUUUAUUUUGGGUGUAUCGCAUUGUGUUAUCCAAUUCUAGCUCAAAAUGCUCCAGAGAUACUGGAUGUGUCAUCACCGAAGGGCGAGGUGGGGAAGCAGGUCAACCUCAGCUGCAGCGCGGCGCCGGAGACCGCGGACAUCCAGUGGCUGUACCAGAGCGAGCCAGUCAAGCUUGGCGACAGGAUCAAAGUCAACACGGAAGAAAGACAGCUGCAAAAGAAAGAUUUAGACGGCAAUCCGCAGAAGUAUAAAAUGUCCAAUUUGACGAUAAAUAACGCGACGUCCCAUGACGCUGGUAACUACACUUGUAUCACACAGCUGGGGGAAGCGAAGAUCGAGAGGAUUCUGCUCCUCGAUAUGAGUUUCCCCGGAAAACUGGUGAAGAAGACACUAAGUCCAAUCAAGCAGAAUGCGACUGAUCAGGCCAAUGUUACAAUGCAGUGCGUGUUUGAAGUUUACAAACCAGGCGAAGUGAAAUGGUGGAAGAGAGCGAAAGAAGAUGAGGCGAUCGAGUUAGAUUCGAGAACGGGAAAAAAGCUGGACUUGAAGCAAAUAGAAAGCACAUACAUUCUCCAUAUAAAGAAUCCAGAAGAUAAUGGCACGUACACCUGCGAAAUCUGGGAUCCUGUCACUUCAACAAAUAUCAGCGGAGAAAUCGAUGUGAUGGUCUACGCUAUCCCUUUAGUUGUUAUGGAUACAGUCAUCCCUAUAAGUUCUUCACAACUAUUCCUGAAUUGGACCAUCCGAGCGUACAACUCACCAAUCAAAAGUUACAAUCUAAUGUACCGAAGGUUGCCAUCAACUGAUUACAGUUUGUACACUAGAGAAAAAAUCGGAGUUAAAAACAUUUCAUUCGUUAUGGAAGGUUUAGAGAAAUCGUCAUCAUAUCAACUUAAAUUGGAAGUCACUACAACGUAUGGACAGAGCAAGCCUCACGUUUACGAUACUAUAGUGAAGACUUUAGACAAGGAUCCGAUUUUUGUACCGAAUAUAACUAUAAAUGGUUUCUCAGCAACUUCGGUGACAAUCGGAUGGGCGCCUCCGCCAGAAAGUAUAGCUGAAUUAAUUCACUACUAUAUUUUAGAAGCUAGGAAGAACGAUGAAUCUCCAAGGAGGGCGUAUCAUUCGAGAGAUAGUAGGAAUCUACCGUACAUGUUUGACAAUCUGGAACCAAUUAGCACUUAUAUUUUUCGGGUACGUGCGUGCUCUGAUUUUACGAAGCGCUGUGGCAACUGGUCUGAGGAGGUGAAAGCUAUUACCUUAGGAGGUACUCCGGGGAGGCCCAGUAAUGUCACUAUACAUUGCUCUGGGGGGUAUAUGAACCUCACCUGGGACCCCCCUCUCAAACUGAACGCGGAAAUAAAAGCAUACAGUAUGAAUUUGAGCGGUUUAGCAAUAUUUAAAGAUCGUUUUGGCAGAGAGCUGAGGGAUACAUGGGGACCUAUGUACAAAUCUAAGACCAAUGAUACGAGGAGCGCACGUUUCGAUGAUCUACCUCCGAAUACAAACUACACGGUGCGUGUGAGCGCGGUGACGCGCACGCGGCGACGCGGCGAGGAGGAGACCAAGCACUGCGCCACGCCGCCUGCGCCCCCGCACCCGCCCAGGAUACGGUGGUUCAAGAUCGUUGAAAAUGAAAAAUACAAAUUAAAAUUAAACUUGCCUCGGCUGUCAGAGAGGAAUGGACCGAUUUGUUGCUACAGGAUAUUCAUGGUGAAACUUCUACCGCGGACGGAUUGGAGCAAAUUGCCUUCUCCUCAAGAGAUCAGUAUUGUAGACUACGAGGAGGCUCACGGCGUAAGACCAGUUCUCGGCGCGUAUCUCGCUGAUGUCUUCUCACAUGACAAAUUCCCACCAAUGGCAGAAUCAAUGGAUAUGAUAAUGGGCGAUGAUAGACCUAUCUUUAGUGCGGACGACUCCACAUUGCACAGUGAUAUGUGCCGGCGGUGCCUCAAGCGACCUCGCCGCCCCUACUACGACCCCCCACCACCUAAAGUGAUCACCACUACCACCACGAUGGCAACCACUACAGAAGAUGAACUUCUAGAUGACGACUUAUCUACAGAUGAACCGGAAAUCAAAAGAGAAAGAAGAUCUUAUCCGGAGAUAGACAGGACAGAUAAUGAUUACACAAGAAAUCCGAUGAUGGGUGACAGCGUGGAUGAUGAUUUCAAAGUAAAAGACGGCCUUCUUGACCCUGAGGCUAAUUAUACGCUCUUCGUUGAAGUGAUUUCUGCAGGUCGUCUGCAAGAGGAGCCAGUGUUCAGUGACUACGUGAAUGUGCUGAUGCCGGCCCCCAGCCCUGCGGGGACUUCUCCCUCCGCGUUUAUAGAGAUUGCAUUACUGGUGACGUGUCUGGUGGGCGGUCUGAUGGUGGUGGGGAUGGGCGUGCUAUGCGUGGUGCACACGCGCCGCUCGCACAAGCUGCCGCCGCACGUACACGUCGAGAUGAACCCGCUGCAAGUCGCACUCAGAUACGUGGUGGGGUCGUUAGGGGGUCGGCAGCAGCUGAUCACAGCCGUGCCACCAGACAUGCCGCCCAUCCCCAAGGAGGAGCUCGCCGCUGCAUACGCCGAGCGACAGGCGGACUCAGAUUACGGCUUCCAGAAAGAAUUUGAGUUGUUACAGAUGCUACCGGAAUGUUUCCCCGACCGCACCACGCACGCGUCCGAGGCUCGCGAGAACCAGCCGAAGAACCGCUACCCGGAUAUAAAGGCGUACGACCAGACCCGGGUGAAACUGUCCCAGGUCGACGGGAUAUCCGGAUCGGAUUAUAUCAACGCUAACUACGUUAUGGGAUAUAAAGAGCGGAAAAAGUUCAUCUGCGCCCAAGGACCAACGGAGACGACUGUGAAUGACUUUUGGCGUAUGAUCUGGGAACAUGGAUUGGAACUGAUCGUGAUGCUGACCAACCUUGAGGAGUACUCUAAGGUGAAGUGCUCCAAGUACUGGCCUGAUGACUCACGAGGGCCCAGGGCUUUUGGAAACAUCACUGUCUAUCAUGUAUCGGAGAAGAGGUAUUCUGAUUACAUCGUGAGAGAGUUGAGAAUAACGAAGCAGCCUCUGAACUCUGACGGACAACCUAUCAUUGAGAAUAAUGGAAUCAAGAGAAACGGGGAAUGCAAGGAAGCAGCGGACGGCAGUCACCCCAAUUCUCCUCAGAGUCGUGGCGAGUCGCGUCUCGUACGUCAGUACCACUUCCUCAUGUGGAAGGACUUUGCUGCGCCGGAGCAUUCUUACUCCAUAUUGAAAUUUAUUAAGCGUGUGAACGAGGCGUGGUGCAACAUGUUGGGGCGGCCGGUGGUGGUGCACUGCAGCGCGGGCGUGGGCCGCACCGGCACGCUGGUGGCGCUCGACUGCCUGCUGGAGCAGCUGCGGGCCACGGGACACGUCUCCGUCUUCAACACUGUCGCUGAACUGCGCCGCCAGAGGAACUUCUUAGUGCAGUCGCUGAAACAAUACGUUUUCGUAUACCGAGCGUUAGUAGAAUACGCGCAUUACGGAGAUACGGAGAUACCCGCUUCACGACUCAAGGCCAGCAUCGAUCGACUCCGUAACACGCCCGAAGGUGCCGACAAGUGCCUCAUGGAACACGAAUUUGAGAAAAUGAUGAACAGUCCUGUAGCGGAGGCCGUUAAGUCGUGUUCUGCUGGUACCGGAGAAGAACUCCGUGUACGCAACCGCAGCCCUGACUGCUUGCCUUACGACCGCAACCGAGUUAUACUCGCCCCGAUACCUGGAAGGGACUUCUCUACUUAUAUCAAUGCCUCUUUCAUUGAAGCGUAUGACAAUUCGGAAGGAUUCAUAAUAACGCAAGACCCGAUGCCGAAUACUAUUAUGGACUUUUGGAGGAUGGUGUCCGAGCAUAAUGUGGCCACUAUAGUCAUGCUUAGUGAGUUGGGCGAAGGCAAGUGCCCUCGCUACUGGGAUGAUGGCACGGCGCAGUACGAGCACCUCUCGGUCGAGUAUGAAGAGAGCGAGUCCUGCCCAUACUAUACUAGGCGGCAGUUCAGAGUCACCAAUAAUAAGAGCGGCGAGUGGAGCGAGGUGCGCCAGCUGCAGUACCAGGGCUGGCCGACGGCGGCGGGGCACGUGCCCGAGGUGACGCGCGGCCUGGCCGAGCUUGCGGAGCUUGCCGCGCCGCUCGCGCCCUCCGCGCCCUCCGCGCCCCCCGCCGACACCACGCGCCGCCCCCUGCUAGUACAUUGCCACCUGGGCACGGAGCGGUCGUCGCUGUUCGUGGCGCUGUGCAUCCUGAUCUGGCAGCUGCGUGUGGAGCGCCGCGUCGACGUCAACUGCGUCGCGCGCAAGGUGCGCUCGCAGCGGGCACGCACCAUCGACACAUUUUUACAAUACGAAUUUCUACACCGUGCCAUAUUGAAUUACGCGGAGUUGCAUAAUUUACUAGAGGACAGCUAAGCUAACAAGCAAACUUCACACUUAAGGUUAACGGCAUAAGAUCGAGGAUCGCUUAGCAGUGUAGCGAUGAAAAGUACCAUUUUUUAUCUGUGCUCAAACAGUUGUAUUAGAAUUGAUGUUUUUGUAACUUUUUUUUGUAUUACCAUGUAAUUAUUGAUUAUUUUCUUGCAUUUGUACAAUUUAUCUAUAAAUCGGAUUUUUUUCGCAUGUGAAUUUAUAACCAAUGGAUGGACAUUUUCAGAUUUAUCAAUUAAGAUAAUUUAUACUAAAGAAUAAAUAUUUUUUAAACUCUUUAACAUUUAUCAUGAAAUAUAAAAUUGGAAUCCAGACUCGAAUAUUUAAGAUGUGAACUUUUUAAAUCAUAAAUUAAAACAUGACAUUUCCGUUUGACAUGUACUGUCAAUGUCAAAUUGACAGCUGUCAGUUAACUGUCAGCGUUACUGAAAUUGAUAGCUCAAUACAUUUGGUUGUAUAUCGCGUUAUAUUUAGAAUAAUUUAAUAAAAGCCUAUGUUGUAUAUCUUUUUAGUAAUUUCAAACCGGCCGUAGAUAUAGAAGGUAACUGCUUACAUAUAUUUCCCGCAUCGCUUACAUGUAGUAUUACAAGGAAUUUACAGAUAUAUAAUCUAUAGAUGUAUGAAGCAUAUAAAUGAGGUAAAAAAGGCUUUUUGGGUUUUAUUGUUUACAUUUGUCAAAUGUCAAAAUGACAACAUGAUGACAAACAACAACCUUGCUUCCUUGAUGUUGGCAGCUUGUAGUUUAUGGUCCCUUUCCCACAUGAAGGUUUUUCUGAAAUUCAUAUAUCCCGUAAGUUUGAUAGCGUAAAAAUAAACCUAAAGCGUGUCGUAAGUGUAGGGCUUUUUAUUAAAGAAAGAAUUAUUCAAAUGCUGUGAUUGCUGACAUCUUACGUCACAAAGUAGUGUGUAUUUAUGCUUUAUUAUAUUAUAAAAUUGUAUUUCGAAAUUCUACUCUAUUAGAUGUCAACUUAUAUCGAACAAUCUAUAGAUUAUAUAUCUAUGAAGAAAUUGAUUUUCUCAGAUUGUAGUUGUUUAAAUGUAAGAAUACUAUAUCAGGGCAUUUUCCUGUACAUAUCUAUGUAAUUGAUGACGUCACCGUUUUUUUUAAAAAAUCAAUGAAUUACCAUAGAAAUAUUUCUGGUAUAUUAUUGUUUUAAGUUGCACAAUGUACAAUUAGUAAUUCUCGUGUCAUUUUUAUUAUAUGCCGAGUUCCUUUAGUUAACCCAAUUGUAUAGCUUUGUUAUGUUUUGUAAAAUUAUCGUAUAUUUUU